CCCCUCCAACAUCAUGUGAGCCCUGGAUUUAAUUUUGAUGCCAACGUAAGGAGGGUGGGAGGAAGUGAAGCCUCCCUUCUGCAUUCUCCCCCGCCCCCUGGUCUGUGCGGGAGCCCUAAUUCUCUUCCAACUCUAUGUCUGGGUGAUAUUGGCUGGAAAGUAGACUAGCGGGCAGGCGUGGUAAGGAAGCUGUUGCAGCUGACCUGUCAAAUCAGAGAGCCUGCAGGAUGGAUGGAACAAGCUCAUCUGCUUAGCUGUUUCGAUUGGGAAGGCACAGGAGAAGAGAUUAAUCACUGCAGAUAUCAGGGCUGGGAAACAGAUGCUAGAAGAUGCUUAAAGAGGUAAAUCUUCAGCAGUAACAGUGAGGAGAUACCAGGUCUAUGUGGAACUUUUGGACUAAAGUGACGUCCUUCAAAACGAGGGACACUUGAGCAGCAGGACUGAAGGAAUGUCAAGUUGGUACCAAGAAGUAAACUCUAGACAGCCGUGAAGAUGAGCAACGAAACCACCCCAGAGGCGGUCUCUUCCCCCCCGGUCUCCUCCCCGCCUCCCCACGGGCAGCGUUACUUCGAUCGGUUCUCCGAAGAUGACCCGGAAUAUCUGCGCAUCCGGAACAUGGCGGCCGAUCUCCGGCAGGACUUCAACAUGAUGGAGCAGAAGAAGCGAGUCACCAUGAUCCUACAGAGCCCAUCUUUCAGAGAGGAGCUGGAGAGCCUUAUCCAAGAACAAAUGAAGAAAGGGAACAACUCCAACAUCUGGGCCCUGCGACAGAUCGCGGAUUUCAUGGCCAGCACUGCUCCCUCCGUCUUCCCCACCUCUCCCAUCAGUCUCUCCAUGGUGACGCCCAUCAACGACCUCCACAGCACCGAGUCCCUGUCCCUAGCGAAAGGGGAGCGGCUCAUGCGUUGCAAGGUUGGCAGCAUCUACCGACUGCUGGACCUGUACGGCUGGGCGCAGCUCAGCAACACCUACGUCACGAUGCGUGUCAGCAAAGAACAGGAUCACUUCUUGAUCUGCCCUACAGGUCUUUCGUGUAAUGAAGUCACUGCUUCUAGUCUGAUUAAAGUGAACAUCCUGGGUGAAGUGGUGGAGCAGGGCAGCACCAGUUUUUCCGUGGACACGAGAGGAUUCAGCCUGCACUCAGCCAUCUACGCAGCCAGACCCGACAUCAGGUGCAUUAUCCACUUGCACACGCCUGACACUGCUGCGGUGUCUGCCAUGAAAUGUGGCAUCCUGCCUGUAUCCCACGAUGCCCUGCUGCUAGGCAACAUUGUGUACUUCGAUUUCAAUGGAGAGAUGGAGGAAGAGGCAGACAGGAUUGAACUUCAGAAGUGCCUUGGACCAACCUGCAAGAUCCUGGUGCUGCGAAACCACGGCGUGAUCACUCUGGGCGACACGGUGGAGGAAGCUUUCUAUAAAACCUUUCACUUGCAGGCUGCUUGUGAGAUCCAGGUCUCUGCCUUGUCUAGCGCUGGGGGAGUGGAGAAUCUGAUUGUGCUGGAGCGGGAGAAGUACAGGCCCCACGACGUUGGGUCAGUCCGAUGGGCCGGGAGCACGUUCGGACCCAUGCAGAAGAGCCGCCUGGGAGAGCAUGAGUUUGAGGCCCUCAUGAGAAUGCUGGACAACCUGGGUUACCGAACAGGCUACAAGUAUCGGCACCCCUUUGUGCAGGAGAAAACCAAGCAUAAAAGUGAUGUGCUGAUCCCUGCCACCGUCACAGCAUUCGUCUUUGAGGAGGAGGGUGCUCCCAUCGCCACCCUCCGACAGCAUGCCCAGAAGCAGCAGAAGGAGAAGACCCGCUGGCUAAACACGCCCAACACCUACCUACGGGUGAACGUAGCUGAGGAGAACCAGAGAAGCGCGGGCAGCCAACGGACUAAGACCACGUGGAUGAAGGCCGAUGAGGUGGAAAAAACCAGCAGCGGGACCCCGAUCCGAAUCGAAAACCCCAACCAAUUUGUGCCUCUCUAUACAGACCCACAGGAAGUGCUGGAAAUGAGGAACAAGAUUCGGGAGCAAAACCGCCAGGAUGUGAAAUCGGCAGGACCCCAGUCCCAGCUCUUAGCCAGUGUGAUAGCAGAGAAGAGCAGGAGUCCGUCUGCGGAGAGUAACCUGGCUUCCAAAGCAGACACGGAGACAAAAGAAGUAUCCCAGGAGGAGAUACCGACCGAGCCAGAGCCUCCCAACCCGUUCAGCCAGCUAACCGACCAAGAGCUGGAGGAGUACAAGAAAGAGGUGGAAAGAAAGAAACUGGGAUUAGAUGGUGAGAGAGACGCGAGCGUGGAGGAAUCUCAGGCACCUCCGGUGAAGUCCCCCUCCGCUUCCCCGGAGCAAAGCCCCACAAAGUCGCCACCAAAGAGCCCAUCCGUGUCCCCCGCCAAGUCUUCAGAUGGUGCUAAAAAGACGGACGCCAGCCCAGCCCUUGCUGAUCCCACUGCUGCUGGAGAGAUGGCGCAGCCGGCAGCAGUGAUUGUGAAUGGGAAAGAUGAUGACCAAACUGCAGAAGACACCCUAAGCAAAGGAAUGAGCCAGAUGACCACAACCACAGAUGCUGACCCUGAUGCCCCUAAGGACAAAACCGAGUCAAUUACCAGUGGGCCUGUGUCCCCAGAAGGCUCGCCAUCCAAAUCUCCCUCCAAGAAGAAGAAGAAAUUCCGGACCCCAUCCUUCCUGAAAAAAGGCAAAAAGAAGGAGAAGGCUGAAUCUUGAUUCCUCUCCAGGCCUUCUCCUCCUGCUGCCUCCUUCCUUCUCCCCCACCCACCAAGGUCACCAGAGCAGCAGAGGAAGCUGAUAGCCAAUAGCUGCCUCUCCUAGAAUGGUUUGUGCUGAGAUAGAACCAGAGGUUGAGGGUCCCGGAAUGACUCCUGUGUAAUACGUGUGGCUGAGACAACACCUAGACUUUGGGGGAAAUGAGGCAAAUUUUAGGGGUACCCAUGGCGUGAGACGUAUCGUUCCCCGUUAAACCGGUUUUUGAAGAAGUAAGUGAGUUUAGGAAUGAUUGUGGUCCUUAUUUUCUGCUCAAGGGAGCUAGUCACUAAUUUCACAAGCUGUAAAACUGGUUCUCUGUACCAGUUCCUCCUCAUCACAGCGCUAAUGCUCCAAACCAUUUAUCUCCCAUGGGCUGAGGUCUUUCCACGUGCUGCUACCUUUACAGCCCACGUGGCUACCUUUUAGAAAUAAUUUGGCGCAAGAACAGACCCUCACGAAACAGGAGGGGACAUUGACAAUACUUGAUUCCUUUUUUCCAGUUCUGCAGUGGAAUCCUGGCUAACUACUUUGUUGCAAUUCACUGUAUAAUCUCAAAUGGAGACCAUCCAAUUUAUCAAAACCCAAAGGUGAAGGAUUGCUCUCCUAGAAGGAAGGGUCAGGCUGUGGACCCAUGACCUUUUGCUUCCUGGGUGACUACCUUGCACCUAGGCUAACAAGCCAUCUUCAAGUUCCUUUCUAGCAAGAAUGGUGACACCAAGUUAUCUAAUGAUCCAUUUGCUGCGGUAGUGAAGCCUCUUGGAAAUGACUAUUGUGUCUCAGUCGGUGGGGAAGUACACAAAUCCCUCCCCCAGAAUAACACACAAGAUAACGUGUCCCACUAUAAAUAUAGUGGUAAGAGCGGGGAAGGAAAAAAAGCCUCCAGGAACUCUCUGUGUUAAGUUUAAGAAGCAAGGAAAUUUCAGUCACUAAGUGCUACUUUGUUAGUUUGGAAUAACUGCAUGCUGACGAUAUCACUCCUGUAAUAAUCACUGCAGAAUGAAAAGCCUAUAGAAAAUGCGACUUCACCCCCACUUGCUGCGCUACUAAUUAAUUACACUUAGACGAGGCUGUGAUGCAGAUAUGAGACCUGUUAGCGCUUUUCAUUGCAUUCAGCUUCCGCUGGCUCGGCAGAUGUCAUUCCGGACUGGCAGCGAAGAGGGGUUGUGAGUACAUUCCCCCUUCCCCACCCGCCCCCUCCCGCCAACCCCCAACUCCAGAGUGAAAAUGAAACAUGAGUUCACCCCGGUGACAUGUUAUUGCCAACCGGCUUAACCUGCCCCUCCCAUCUCUAAUCUUCACCCUCUCUUCAAAAUAAGACAAAGUUACCAACAGUUGAGGAUUAUUACAAUUUCCAGUUGAGAGAAUCUUAGAAAUAUAGGGCUAGAAGGGUCCUCGAGAGAUCAUCUAAUUCAUCCCCCCAUGCUAAGGUAGGAUUAAGUCAACCUAGACCAUCCUUGACAGGUGUUUGUCCAACCUGUUCUUAGAAACUUCCAGUGAUGUGGAUUCCACAACCUCUCUCGGUAACCUGUUCCAGUGUUUAACCAUCCGUAUAGUUAGAAAGGUUGAGCUAAUAUCUAACCUGUCAUGCCACAGUUAAAGGAGAUAAACAGGCCAAUGUUCCUCUGUCACUUUUAGGACUCUGGCAUUAAGGGUGCUAACCAAAUGAGAUCUUGAUCUUGCCCCAUUGAAACAGAGGUUUUCCAUUGGCUUAAAUGGGAGCUGGCUCAGACCCUGAAGGCUUAGGGUGGCCGUUCUCAAACUAUGGGCUAUUGUUAGUCCACAGAAUGGCACCUGGAGAACCAUGCAAGGGAGUGGGGGGUGGGUUUGAGAAGCUGGGAAAGAGGUGUUCCCUGGAGAAAUCUUUCUCUGUCAUCAGGUCCACAGAACGGAAGGCUUGAGAACAACUGGCUUAGGAGGAUAUUGUAGUCUGUAUACUGAUGCGGUGUUCUGGUUCAGGUUCAUCUCUAACGCCUACCCGUAGAUCUAUAAAAUCAGGAAGCUAGGCCUCUUUCUGUAGUGGCCUGGACUUGAAACCGUGAAACCGAACUCCAGUGAAGUUUGGAUUUGGAUGUGAUUCCGGAUCCUUAAUUUGUGAGCCGGAUCCAUCUCUGAGUGUAUGAAGCCAACUGGCUGGAAAAAUUCUGAUAAAAAAAGCAACAACUUUCAUUGUUUUGUUUUUUUUAAAUGUUCCAGCCCUGUGGUUUUCAGAGUCUCAUCUUUGUUGGAAUGAGGCUAUGGGGUCUAGUGGUUAAAGCACAUGACUGUCUCUUAGGAGACCAGGGUUCUAUUCCCAGCUCUGGCCUGGUGGGUGGCCUUGGAUUAGUCUCUGCACCUCAGUUUCGCCUAUGUGGUUUGAGCUCUGCUGUUGAAAAGUGCUCUAUGUGAAUGCUAGGUAUGGUUAUUUAUUAUUCCCUUUCAUAGUAACAGCAUCUGCUCAGGCAAAAUGUCCUUGAAAUAAUCUUUUUUUAAUAAGGCUCUUGUGGUGGGGAAUCCAAGAACGUGCAUUCUAGCAAGAUCCACACUGAGAAAGUAGCUGAUGCAUUUUCGUCAUAGGGUAAGGAAUCAGCUCCCCAAUCUUGCAUCACGAUUUGCCUUAAUACAGAACUAUGGGGUGAUUCGCAAUUUUUAAUAAGCACCAAAAUCUUGCUUUGCUUUUUUUUUUUUUUAGAGGGGGCGGGGAUAGGCUGGAGGGGAAGAUAUUUUGAAAACACAAGGUCUUUUUGUUUUAAAGAGCAAGUUACUAGGUGUGCUUGGCAAAUGUGGAACGUGAAAAAAAAUCAACAAAAAAACCUCAACAGCAAAAAUGCCGGACCUUUUAGAUAUGUACUCUUGGUGUUCAUGUAUGCUAGAUAAAUUAAAUCCAGGUUCUUGAGGAUAGCCGUGGCUUAAGUUUCUGUUGCCUAAAUCCAUUGUAUGCACGAUGGGCAGAUUUUGACAAAUUAAAGGCCCAAACCUAUAAACAUUUACUGUUGGAUAUUGUGCUUAUUACCGUUAGAUUUUAAGGCCAAAAAGGCUCAUUAUGACCAUCUAGUCUGAAUUCCUGAAUAACACAGGCCAGAGAAUUUCACCCCGAGUGAUCCCGCUGAGUCAAUGGUUAUUAUUGACCAUGAUGUCUUAUUGUUAUUUAAUAUCUGAAUGACAACUCUGCCCAGAGGCCCAUGAUCCGGAUUGGGGCCCCAUUGAACUAAGUGCUGUAUAAACAUAGAUGAAAGCAUGGUCCCUGCCUCCAAAGAGCUUGAAAACUUGGGUCCUUCUUCUGCAACAGAUUCCACAGACACAUGUGAAGGGGUCCGUCUAUGUGGUGUCAGUCACAGUAAUGGGCCUAUGACCUCGGUCCUGCAGUCAGAUCAUCUGGGGUCCCACAAACUCCAGUGGGGCUUCACAUGAAUGCGCACACGCCAUGUGGAUCAGAUUGCAGGACUGGGGACUAGAGUGGUGACUGAGUCUUAUGCUGAGGUGAAUUCCACCCUUAGUACAAUUAAUACAUGGGGCGAAAUUCAGACUUCAUAUAGCUAAUAAGUUCCAUUGACUUCCUUAUUUGCUACUUGAACUGGAGUUGCACCUGUUUACACCAGCUCUGAUUUUUGCCCUGUAGUGUGUGUCCAGUUUUAAGGUAUGGUGCUGGGUGUUGGGCACCAAAGAAGAAAAACAUGAGCAAAUGGUCUGCUCCACAGAAAGCAAAAUGUUGAGAUGGGUGACUGGGGUAAGCCAAGAAGGGCCAUGUGAGGAACAUGUAGGUUAGAGACAUGUUCAAAGUAACAGCCAUAAACUAAAGAACGAGGGAGUGCAGGCUCAGACGGUUUGGUGAUGUAAAGUGCAGUCUAGACAAUUGUGCGGGUAAGAGAGUCCACGAGAUCAAGACUGAAGGGAAAAGACAGAGAGGCUGACCCAAGAAGAAAUGGUGGGAUGUCAUAAGGGAAGACAUGUUAGUUUGUGGUGUGAUAGAAGCUAUGGCAUUGAGCAAAGUGAUUUGGAGAGAGAGAGGACACGUAGAGCGGACCCCAUAUGAUGGGAUUAACGCCAGGAAAAAGAGGAGGUGUGUGCGUGUGUGUCUAAGUCAAAAAAAUAGGUGCACAGAGCUAGGCUUAAUGCCUGAAAAUAUCAUGGGGAGCAGAGGCAAAAGUAAUAUGGCUCCCCACAGUGUAUUUCGAAGAAAAUAAAGAAAGGCUCAAAGCUAAGUUCUUGGAAUGUCUCAAGUCACCAUUCCCCCAGAUGCCUAAGAGGUUCACAGCUUGGUCCUAAGGCUUUUUACUUUCCUUUUUUUUCCUCUUUCCUAUUGCUCUUUUGCGUCUCCUCUCACCCCUUCUGUACUCCUGCUUUCCUCCACUCUUGUUUUCUAUCUACCAUCUUGGAUAUGUUUGUUGAUGGCACCAUGGCCGAUUGCCACUUCCUUCCCCCUCCUUCUGAUGCAAGGUUGGUGUCAGCUUGACAUGCGCCCAAUCCAGAGCUGUAUUUUGGGUAUAGACGCCGGUACCACCAAAGUUAAGGGAUGUUUAGAUCCAGUGUUCUUGCUGGACCUGUCCCUGGCAGAGAUGAGACCAUUUCAAAACCCCUGAUCCAAAUACCCCCAAAUUUUGCAGUCUGGGGCUGGGGAUCAUCUUUAAUCUUACCAGUCUACUAAAUUGCAGGCUGCCUGGCUUUUAUCACACUAGGCAGUAAAGGCCACAACCCAACAUGCACGAUCAAGUACGAUGAGAUUCUGAACCAUGAAACGCAGCAAGAAAUCAAUAUAAAUCUCCAUUCCUUCUGCUUCUGCCUUUUCGUUCUUCAGUGAAAUGUCACACUCAAUAUUGGUUCUAAUGCCUCUCUUUGCAGCCCUUACACAUCUGGACUCCCAUUCAAUUAGGGGGAAUCUCGCUUGGGUGAAGCAUGCAGCGCUGGGGUCUAAUAGACUGUCUUUCAAAACAGCAUUAGUUAUAAGCAUUCAUUUUAAAGUAUAGGAAUUAAAAAGGGAUAAGCCAUUCACCAACUGGGAUCAGAAAGAAACUGCUACUGUCCUUGUAUGGGGAAGUAUUGCAUUAUUAGAUACAAUUACAAGGUAUUGAUCCCUUCUUCUCAAGCACUGUCCAAUGUGAGAGACAGACCCUUGGACUAGAUAGACCAUUGAUCUGUUAUGGCCACAUUCCUAUGAAAUGCCAUGAUUUCCUAUGUUUAAGACUGAAUGUCUAGCAGUGGUUACAUAUGAGUUUGCAUGUAAAAACAAAACAAGCCCUGAAUGCCAGAACCUGAACUGCCAAAAGAGGCCUGGCAAAGUGACUGGGAGUCAAGCCAAGCCCCAGACAUGUUUAGAAGUGUCAGAUAAAAUAGCCUGAAAGGGACCUGAACCAAAACCCCAGGUCUGAUCAUUCCUGAACUGUGGUGAAGCUUGGAUCUGAAUCCAGUUCUUGCAGCUUAAGGCCAUCUCCUCUAUAAUAGCCCUUGGAUUUGACCCUAAUUUGGAGCUGAAACCAUAUUGGUAGAUAUUACUCACUUUACUGAAUAUGUAAACAUUCCUCACAAGUGAUUCAUUGAAUAGUUGUGCUGGUGCCAUUCAGGAUCAGACUCUGAGCUUCCAUUAAGACCCACUGAAGUCCAGAUUCUAAUCUCGCUUCCCGUGGUUUCACACCAGCACAGCACCAUUGACUUUAGUGGAGUCAGUCGUGAUUUGAGGCCUGAUCCAGAGCCUGCGCAAAUCUAUGGAAGUGUUUCCAUUGACGUGUAGGGGCUUUGGAUCGGUCCUUUCCAUCAGUAUAAAGGAGAGCCGAAUCAGGUGUGGACAUCAGGGGGCAUUGUGGGCGCUCAGAAUCAGGCCCAUGAAGAGUCAGUGAGAGGCUUUCACACAUAAGGCACAGAACUGCAAAAGCCUAACGCACCAAUUCCCUCAGAAUAACCAGAUCCACAUAAUUUAGGAAUCUCCAGGGCUGCUGUUGUCUUUUUUUUGUUGAGCUGUUCUGAAGAGAAGCACUUGAGUUAAUAAGGAACAAUGACCAUAGACUAGCUCUGUAAUUACAUGAUAUUUACUUACUGGUUAUUCAUUUAUAAGUUUACAUCUGUUCAUGGUAACACUUGUGCCAUGUAAUCGUCAAGGCAUAAAUAACCAUGUAAUUAUUCUGAAAUUACCCCCUAAUUAUCCCUGCCAUUAUGGAUCUGAUUUAUGGUUAUUUGUUCCCUGGAAAGGGGAGUAGGGGGAGAAGAGGAAGAGCUCCGUGUGAAGCAAUGGCAGAAAUGUACGGGAUCUAAUUCUGUCUUCUCCACCCUUCCUGAAUGCUCCCAAUGCUUGGCUGGAUUCUUGGAGAAGGCUUCAUGCAGAAGUGUUUUGUGAUUCACAGAGGGCUGGACUGGCACCUUGCAGUCCAGCCACAUUAAGGGCAGCAUGGAACUGCAGUGCCCCAGGGAAAGCGCGCAGUCUCCAUUGUGACUGUGAGAAUCACAACUGGAUCCCUGCUUCCUCUUCUUUCCACAGGGGAAAUAAUCUUCCCCAGCCCUUUUAUUGGCACACAUCACUUCCCUCUCCAGCUGGCUCAGUUACAUUGGCUGGCAUGUUCGGGGAGGAGCCAAUGCCCACCUCUCCCUGCCCACCU